GCCCUUUCCAAAAUGGCGGCGCCCAUGCUGAGGGGUUUGAAGCAGCGAGGCCUGAGGCUGUGUGUCGCGGGGCGCCGUUUAGGGGGAGAAGCGCCCCGGAGAGAGAUCAAUUUCAAGCUGGAUGAGAGAACGGCCCACAGCAGCUUGGAUCUGUUCAAAAAGAACACUGGUGUCAUUUACCGUAUGGUGGGGAUUGACCCCACCAGCGUUCCCCGGAAUCCUGAACGCUUCAGAGACUGGGCUGUAGUACUGGGUAACGUGGCUGUCUCCAGUGGGCGCCACUACUGGGAAGUGACUGUCAAAGAAUCGCAGCAAUUCCGCAUAGGGGUAGCAGACGUGGACAUCUCCCGGGAAGGUUGCAUUGGAGUAGAUGACCGCUCCUGGGUUUUUUCCUAUGCGAACCGGCACUGGAAUGCCAUGUUCGCUAAUGAGACCACUCCAAUCAAGAACAUCGGCCACCCAGAGAGAGUGGGUCUGUUCUUGGACUACAACAGCAAGAAACUCAGCCUGGUGGAUGUAAGCAAAUAUGUGUCCGUCCACAGCAUCUUUGCUGAGUUCCAAGGCCCCGUAGUGCCCGCCUUUGCCCUCUGGGAUGGUGAACUGAUCACACAUUCAGGCCUCGAUGUACCUGAAAAUCUCGACAGGAACUGA